AUGUACCCAGCAGGGAUCGGAAGGGAUCCCCGAGUCGGGACGGGACAGCCGCCUCGCGGUCCCAGCUGGGCCAGUAGCUGCCUCAGGCAUCACACGGGCCCGGAACAUUAUUUGCCCUCAACUGACACAAGGAUUACCUCAUCUCGCGCCGCUCGGAAGUAUCUUCCAAUCGCACGCCCGCCGAGACGUAAGGCCCCGCCGACUGAAGGGAAAUAUGGUCAGGCUCCAUAUGCCAUGAAGAUUCUGUUGGGCCCCCGUGAUUCGCUGCGCCUGCCAACGUGGGCAAUUCUAGGGCGAUUCCAGGGCCACGCCUCGCAUGUCGCUGGGCCCUACGAACGCACCCUGGAGACCAGCAAGUCUUCUACCCCGCAACAUGCCGAUCCAGGUACCAAACCGCACCCCCUCCGGUUGGAGAUUGGCGCCGGGCCGGGUUGA